CGCUGCGCCUACUCCAUGUGAAAGGCUUCUGUGGCUUCCCGAUUGCACCCCCCGCUUUGCCGGCAGGAAGGGGGAGCCCCCGCUGUGAGGUGCCGGUGUCGGUGCCGGCUGGGCGGGUGGGACACCAGCUAUGGAUACCGGCAGCUUUCCCGCCGCGGGCGGGCGGGCGGGCGGAUGGAAGGCAGGAAGGCAGGGAGGAAGCGUGGCACUGCGCAGGUGCAGGCGGGAGGUGGCGGGAAUGGCGUCCGUGGUGCUGAGCGAGGCGGAGAAGCUCUACAUCGUGCACGGCGUGCAGGAAGAUCUUCGUGUAGAUGGUCGAGGUUGUGAAGACUACAGAUGUGCAGAAGUAGAAACAGAUGUUGUAUCAAACACAAGUGGAUCUGCAAGAGUAAAGCUGGGAGAAACUGAUAUCUUGGUAGGCAUAAAAGCUGAAAUGGGGACACCGAAGUUGGAGAAACCAGAUGAAGGUUACCUGGAAUUUUUUGUUGACUGUUCUUCAAACUCUCCUGAGUUGGAAGGCCGGGGAGGAGAAGAACUUGGCACAGAUAUAGCAAAUACGCUGUACAGGGUAUUCAGCUGCGAGAACAGUGUAGACUUGAAAUCCCUUUGUAUCAAUCCCAAAGAGCACUGCUGGGUUCUCUAUGUGGAUAUAUUGUUAUUGGAAUGUGGUGGGAACAUCUUUGAUGCAAUCUCUAUCGCAGUGAAGGCAGCUCUCUUUAACACAAGGAUACCCAAAGUGCGUGUUCUGGAGGAUGAAGAAGGCACCAAAGAGAUUGAGCUGUCUGAUGACCCUUAUGAUUGUAUUCGACUCAGUGUAGAUGAGGUGCCCUGUAUUGUCACACUAAGCAAAAUUGGAUAUAGGCAUGUGGUGGAUGCUACCCUUCAGGAAGAAGCCUGUUCUUUGGCAAGCCUGCUUAUUUCUGUGACCAGUAAAGGUGCCAUCACUUCUAUGAAGAAAGUGGGGAAAGGUAGCCUGGAUCCUGAGAGUAUUUUUGAAAUGAUGGAGACAGGACAAAGAGUAGGCAAGUCACUUCACAUAGCCCUUCAGAAGAUUUUGGAUGAAGAAGAGAGUUUGGGGACCUCAAGACCAAAAGUUGGAUUUCUAGGAUGAGUUUUUAUUAAAUGUUCAAAACUGUUUUUAA